AUGUUCUGGGAGUUGAUGCGCAGCUGUGCCCAACACAAAAUCAAAAUAUCGAAGCCUUCAUAUGAUUGCCAAUCAUGUUAUCUGGUUGGUGACGUUAUGAUAGAUGGCCAGGAUCUUUCGAAUCUGAUUGAGCCAACCGGUGCUUUGCCUUCAUAUUAUAAGGUUGGCACUGUAAUCGAAAUGUGCGGCUUAAUCCGGGACUCCGAUUUUAGCAGCUACUUGGAGAUAUCCACUAAAUCGGAUAACACUGAUUGUUCGGUUGUUGCUGAGCCAGUUUUGUAA